UCAUUUGCAUACUCCAGGUAAGUUAUUAAAAUAUGGCGGACGAGCAAGUCAUGAGUUAGCAAAGUCAAUUUAUGCCUUAAUUUAGUGCUAUAUCGGGUCUCACGACAGGUUCCUACGUCACCCAAGACGCCCAGAAGUGUCCUUACAACUCGACGGAACUGCAGAAACCGCGUGGAAGGAAGACUAGGUGAUUUUAAACGGGGAAAACAAGUUCGGCAAACUCUCAACUUGAACAUGCUGGAGUCGGCGGCGGUGCCCGUUGGUCGGUAGGAACGUGUCAUGUGGAUGGCGAGAUGUUUCUGAUGCCUUUCCGACGACUCGCGGAGUGAGCAGAGAUGUACGAUCUAUGUGCAAGGUGACUGAUAGCGAGAGGACAGACCGACGCUGUUUCCCGUGCGAGUUCAGGACGCCGAACCCGUGAGCUCUCGAUGAGGGAGGGUACCGCCACCACCACGUAACGAAUACCUUUGUGCACAGACAAUGUUUGAACAAGGAGUUUCCGCAAUGGAGGGGCGGACUGCGAAGGCCUAGGCUAGGACCCCGGGUCCGAUCACGUCGUCUUGGCAAUUUUAUUCUUGGAGUAAUACAUCAAUCCCGUAAGGAAGUCGACCGGGAAAGGCGCCGGGGGCACGCUCACAGCGACUACCAUGGUCGAGAAUGAAGGAUGUCGUAUGGCCUUCUCACCCAGCGAAGCUCCAGUCUACGGAGGGAGUACGAUCGUGGCUGCCUUUGCAGAAGACAGCCCCCUGCCUGAGGAGCAUGAGUUCUUCCUCAUCUUCCGCGGGUCUCAGCAGAGACACAUCACCAUCGCACGGCAGCUCAACUCUUACACCUUACAGGCUGUUAUACCAGACCAUGACUGUGCGGAGACAGUGGAGGUGUCGGUGUGUGCGAGUGACAGCGUAGCCCACCACCAGAUCAUCGCCUCCGGACUGUUCCAGUACACACACGACAAGACCUGGAACAUGGCACGACAACUCGCCGACAACUCCACCAAUCAGGACUCCCCGUUAGACUCCCCGAGCGCGCCGCAUGUACAGUUUGACCUGGUGGGGGAAGAUGUGGACACGUUUGAUGUACAGAUGACAAGUGCCUUCGAAAGUCUGAACCUUCCGCCGGGGUGGAAUGUACUUGGGACUAACACUACUGUGGAAGAAGACCCCCAGCCCAGGGAGACAUUGCUGCACUUCGCCGCCCGUCUCGGCCUACGGCGGCUCGCUGCGUUCCUCGUGGAGAAGCCCGGAGCAGAAGCGGCGAUCAAGCUGCCCAACAAAGAUGGCGACCUGCCGUCCAACCUGGCCAAGAAGGCGGGGCACGACGAGGUGGCAGCGCUCCUCACAGAUCCUGAUGGUUACCUGAGCUCCAGCCUGGUCCCCAGGGUAUGGGAGACACGAGAGGUACAGAUAUAUCCUGAUGGUUACCUGAGCUCCAGCCCAGUCCCCAUGGUGUGGGAGACACGUGAGCCCGGUGCCCAGGGUGUGGGAGACACUCCUGAUGGUUACCUGAGCUCCAGCCCUGUCCCCAGGGUGUGGGAGACACGAGAGGUGCUGGAGGACUCCCCUGGGAAGGGAGAGAUGUCAGCAGUGCUAAAGCGCCACAGUCUGGGCUCAGCCACGCUCUCCACUCAACUCAGCACAGAGGCAGAGGCUCGCCCGCUAGAUGAUGACAUUGCAGUCUUGAAGCACUUGGACAUGUUCAUAGGACAGAAGAGUCCCAUGCCGGAGCCGGAGCUGGAGAGUCCGAAGACCUCGGUACGGGAAGACCAGGACUCCUGGGAGGAACAGGAGGCAGCGGAGACAGCACAUUGGACUAGGGUGCUGGUUCGGUCUGGGCCUGCCACUAGAUACACCAAUGGUUCUCUGUUUUGUAAAGGUGAUGAGCAGAGUGAACCAGACUUCCUGGAGGAGUCUGCCAGUGACACAGACCCGUUUACUGAAGUCCCUGCACCUGUUCCCGAUGAUGCGGGUACUGCUGCCGGCAUCCCCACCAUCAGUGUCACCCAACCCACUCCUGAGAGGGACGGGGACGGGCACAGCAAGAUAUUAGAUGAAAACUUGAGACGGCUGCACAACAUCAAUGAAGGGAUCCAGAGACUUCGGGAGAUGAACAAGAGACAGUUUAUUGUAGAGGAGGUUCGGAAAGAGAACCUGUCCCGACUCAGCUGCUCAUGUCCAGAUCUUAAUGAGGGAGCUUCCAGCAGACAGCUGCCACUCAGUAAAGACUCUCCGCGGUGCACCAGUGAAUCCUCCAUGUUCCCUGUGACAGAGAGACCAGAGGAGACCUCGGGGGUGGACACAGACAUGUUCCCUCGGGUCGGGUCACAGGAGCUGCUCGCUGACCUCAGAAUAGAGGAGGAGAGGGACAGGGAGAUACUGGGAUGGGUUGAAGAAGACGGUAAGAUGACCAUUGAUGGGGUUACAGAGGACAGCACCAAUGUGGACGACAUCUCUGCCGACAAGGACUCGGAAGACGAGGAGUACGACAUCGAGACCAUCCAGCUGGACGCCGUCGUCGUGCCGACGUCUCCGAGAGACGAGCGAGGCGGCGGGGAGGAGGAGGGAGGGGAGGGGGAGGAGGAGGAGGAGGGAGGGGACGUGGUCCCAGCCUCCCGACCGUCCCAGUCUCCACGCAGACACAGCUGGGGACCCAUCAGCCCCAUCCAGAUGUCAGAUGAGGACAAGAUGGCCACCAUGCUGAAAAGCCACAGCAUGAACCACCUGGAGGCAGGAGAUAACGUGGACAGUGAUGAGGAGUUCCACGAUGCGAAGGAGGUCAUCUCCCCCAACCUGCCGGUCUCCGCCGGCUACGACACCACCAGGACACCCUCCCCACUGGCCCCCUCACCCCAGGGGGAGGACGGGGAGGGUGGGGACGCCGCAGUCGCCUCCCCGGGGUCAGACAUCAGUGGGAGCGAGACACCAACUGAGACAGGUAGCAGUACAUCCACCAGCACAGUGUCCCCCCAGCACCACCCCUCCCCCCACCACGUCAAGUCCAGCUCAGCAGGCUCACUGGGAGACCUCGGCAUCGACAUCAAGGAGGCCAUCGUGGAGCUUGAUGAGGAUGAGACCCAGAAGAAGCGUAGCAUGAGCAUGUCUCCUGUUCAGCUGGAGAAGGAGAUGCUGGGUGCGCCCGGUCUCACCAAGGCCGUCUCCACAUCAGCCCUGCAGCACGCGUACGCUGACGACCAGCCAGAGUUUAAGAAGCCAGAAGUGCCUCCAGUGAUGCAUCAGAGACCACAGCACCCGUUCACACGGCCGAUCGUAGAGGAGAAGCGCUCGCUAACACUGCAGGAGUUUUUGCAGGAAUUUGAGUUGGAGAAGGAAGGGAAGUCCGGGGGAGACGAGGACGGGGAGGAUAGCGAGGACGAGGACGAAAAGCUGAACCGUCUGCUGGACCAGUCCAGCUUCAAGCGCAAGGCUCGCGUGUCCCUCACUGAGCUAAUCAAAGACCCAUCUAACUUCGAGAGUGACGAAGAGUUGGGCAGAGGGGGAAAGCCUGUCCCUGGUGGUGUGGCUUCUUUGAAGGCAGAGGACAAGGAGAAGUCUGUCCGACGGAGAUUCAGCUUCAUCUUCUCCAGCGCCAGAUACAAGUCAAAGUCCAAAGGCAAAGACAAGGAGUCCGCCAGCACCCACCAGUUUGUGAACAUCAGUUUCUCCAACUCCACAGUCUGUGACAUCUGUGCAAAAACCUUGGCCAACAAACCAGCUCUGCAGUGUCAGAAUUGUUCCAUCAAUGUUCACGAGAGCAACUGCCAAGGCUCUGUACCUCCCUGUCCAAAGGCUGGCAAAAGCAAGAAAAAUUUGCCGUCAAAGCCCAGCAAUACAGGACUACCCCCUCCGUACCCGUACUCAGGAGGGAGGGAAAGACCCAGGUCAGAGAUCAUCACAGGCAACAAGAGGGUAUGA